ACACACACAGAGGGUCUGAAACACAGAUAACAAGCAGGCUUGUUUCGCACACAUACAUGUACCAACACACACACACUGGUUAGACACUCAGAGACAGCCAUGAUCCUGAUGGGUCGCAGUUUGUGUCUUCCUUCUCCAGCCACCGUCCAGGAGCUGUUCUCUGUGGCUCGAGAUGCCAACAUCAUCCCAGAUAUCUCCUUGGAUCCGGUCCUCACCACCUUCUUGUCACUGGACUCGUCUGCAGCGCUGCAGCAUCAGUAUGCCUUCUUACAGCGGAGCAUGAGCAGGGAGCAGCAGGCACAGUUCAGCCUCGGCCUGAGUGGAGAGCUGGGAGGCAGCAGCAGGGUCACCUGUGGAGGAGUGGGGGUUGUUGCUUUGGCCCUGUCCAUGCUUUUUGACCAGGUUGCCCAACAAGUCCGAGCACAAGGAUCGACAGAGGGGGGGCUAUCAACUCAGAGAUCUCAAGCUAAGAGGAUUUUUGGCAUCAGCAGCUCCUCGAGGAUUGGCUGGAUUAUCCACAGUUACCUCCACCUGAUCCCUGGCAUCGCCAAUGACCAGGAGAAGAUGGCUGAGACCACAGAGCUCUACGACAGCUGGCUGAAACUUGAGCUGAUUGAUCAUUACGAGAGGAUGACCAAUAAGAAGAGAAUGAGUUCAGAGUCCAUGCAGCAGUGGUUGACAGGAGCUGCAUUUCAUCUGCACAUGAGAAUCCACCAGGUCCGACUGCACUCUGUGCCAGUGGGAUCAACAGAGUCACUGCGUCUGUCAUACAAGACGGGGUUAAGUCGCCUGGUUCAGGGCUACACAGCCUAUCUACGCAAAAACAUCCAGGAGACUGCAGCUCCAGGUCCACAUAAACCCAAACCCCGGACAGCUGAUGGACCAGGACAAACCAACACAUCUAGUGUAACCAAUAUGACCUGCUCAAGUAAUCACCUUUUUAACAUUAGCCAGGUUAAUCCAAGUACCUCAACUGAUACAUUUAAUGAGACUAAUAUAAUUAAUUCAACUGCUGAAAUUAGCAGAAGCUGUAAGACACAUGGAUCCAGAGAGUUUGGAGUCAAUGCGUCAAAAGGAAGCGAUGACCCCGCUGAGAUGAACAGAAACACACUCAACAAUUCUACUGAAUAUAGCAGGGAAGAGGAAGCCAGCAUGCUGGGCCUGUUAGUCAUUGAGCCAGGGAGGAAUGUGAGUCACAAUGUGCAACAUCACCCCUGUGAGUCUCCAGCCAUACAACAAGCUCUGGUGAUGCGUAUUAUAAAUGCUCAGGACCUGGAACGGAACAGAAACUUCUUCCUGAUCCCUGAAAAAGUUUUCCACAGCCUGCUCAGGCAGAGGAAUGACUUUGAGUUAAAGACAAAUUAGACAGAAAAGAAUAGUGUGCAAUUAAACCCUCAGUAGCGCAACUGAACAUAAUAUUGUGGUGUUAUCUUUAGGAAACUACCAUCUCAUUGGUCAUUUUCAUGUUUUUAUUAAAGAUGGUUUUACAUAUUAAAAAAUAUCUCAGUAUAACACAAUGCAUUUCAACUGGAGCUUUCAAAAUGACCAUAAAGCAGAAUCAGCACCUUAACAGCUCAGUGAAAACAGCUUCAACACGAACUGAACAUUAUAUGGAAGCAGAAUUUAUUACAGCACAGUUUUAGCUAGGUGUUCCUAAUAAACAGACAACUAAGAGAGCAUGCCACUUUUGAUGAAGAAUUGUUUGUGCAUGUGACCCAGCCAGUUAUUUCUUUUUAAAAUGUAUUUGCAUAAACCUGAGUGAGACACUGAGAAACAGCCAGACAGCAGCCUGCAACGCAUCAGCUGAGUUUUGCUCUCAGUAGAUUUACACCUGAUGAUGGAAGUUAAAGGGCUUUUUCUGAAUUGCUGAAACCUCAUUUUAUCUUUUUUAAUAAUAAAAAUAUCACCAUUCAAUUUAAUCAUCACAUUGAAAAGAUUUUUGAUAUUUUGAAAGGAGUUGAUUUCUGCUGAAUGAAUUAAACUUGAACUUCGUAUGUAGGAAAGAUUUGCUGUCCAUUUGACCUCAUACACUUUAAUCCACUGUAUUUCUGUUGCACAUUCUGUAAAGUAUAAUAAACAAUUUCAACUUAAAAGCAUAUCCAUGCUGGUGAA